AUGCCUACAAUUACAGAUGAGGCCAUUGCGAUCUCGUGUGGUUUGUGCCUUGCUUGUCUCGAUACUAGUGUUACUGAUGCUUGGCGAAAUUUUCUCAAUCAACUCGAAAAUCGUAAAUCUUUUCACCGUGAGUUUUGGGUUUUAUUGCUGUGCAUGACACCAUCACAGGGUACUAGCGAAUCGCACAGAUUAGUGAGAAAAGUUUUUGAUGUGUGGCAUGAAUGCAUAGUGGAAAAAUUUGAAGAAAAACGGAAGAAGGACAGCUUAGAAAAGGUUUUAUUGCUGUGCAUGACACCAUCACAGGGUACUAGCGAAUCGCACAGAUUAGUGAGAAAAGUUUUUGAUGUGUGGCACAAAUGCAUAGUGGAAAAAUUUGAAGAAAAACGGGAGAAGGACAGCUUAGAAAAGCUUUGGAUCGACUUCGCAAAUAUCACUGAGGUUUGCAGUGUUCGUUCAAAAGUGUCAAAUAUAAAGCUGACACCUUUCGCGAACUCUGAUGAAACUAAGUAUUAUGUAUUCAGCGACAUACCCGAAGAUUUUGAACCAAGCGUGGUCGUAUCACUUGGGAUUGGUGCAGAUGACACCGAAUUUUUUGGCGCUGAUCCCGUUUAUUCUCCGAACGCAGAGCUUUUCAGCAAAGUUGGAACGUUUUUCCCACUUGCAGUCAGUGAGAAGACAGGUCUUGUACGUUCUGGACUCCGCAAUGAUGACGGAGCAAAUUCAGGUUCCUACCGAGAAGUGGACGCUGUGAGUAUAGAUCUGCUAACAUUCCUGCAAGAUAUGGUUAAUCGCACCGUUAUUGACCACUUGAUCAUGGACAACGAAGGUCCAGAAUUUGAUCUUUUACCUAUGGUGGCCGUGGAUAAUGUACUGCAAGAGAAUGGUAUAACGAUAUGUCAGAUGAAUGUGGAGGUAACAUCUCAAAUUUUACGAGUCCGCAUUCAUGCUCCUGGCCCACAGGAAAGGCUUGAGUAUUUUGCAAGUAUGAUGUCCGACGUGCUCAAAGCUAAACGAUUUGCUCCAAUUUACAAUUUGUAUUGGGGUCAUCAGCGUGCUUUCUUCGUCAAUUUUGAGCAUCCAUUAUGUGUGGAGAAAUACCUUACAAAGUUGUUGAUGUUUUCUGGUCCUCGGGUCAUCUUUGACCUUCAAUGA